AUGGCGGUGAGAGAGAGACCUGACUAUCGUGGAUCCUCUGGGGAGCCUCAACUACAUCAUGACACUGACGAGGCAGAGAAGAGUCUCUCCACAUCAGAACAUCUCAAGAAACAGCAGCGGAAACGCACAGGGAAGAAACCUCACCACUGCUCAGACUGUGGGAAGAGUUACUCAAGAUCAGAUGCACUAAAAGCACACCAGAGAAUUCACACUGGAGAAAAAUCUUAUAGCUGUGAUCAAUGUGGGAAGAAUUUUGCUACGUCUAGCAAGCUGACUAUUCACCAGAGAAAACACACAGGAGAGAAAUCUUUCCACUGCUCAGACUGUGGGAAGAGUUACUCAAGAUCAGAUUCACUAAAAGCACACCAGAGAAUUCACACAGGGAAGAAGUCUCACCACUGCUCUGUCUGUGGGAAGAGUUACUCCAGAUCAGAUUCACUAAAAGCACACCAGAGAAUUCACACUGGAGAGAAAUCUUUCCACUGCUCAGACUGUGGGAAGAGUUACUCAAGAUCAGAUUCACUAAAAGCACACCAGAGAAUUCACACUGGAGAAAAAUCUUAUAGCUGUGAUCAAUGUGGGAAGAAUUUUGCUACGUCUAGCAAGCUGACUAUUCACCAGAGAAAACACACAGGAGAGAAAUCUUUCCACUGCUCAGACUGUGGGAAGAGUUACUCAAGAUCAGAUUCACUAAAAGCACACCAGAGAAUUCACACUGGAGAAAAAUCUUAUAGCUGUGAUCAAUGUGGGAAGAAUUUUGCUACGUCUAGCAAGCUGACUAUUCACCAGAGAAAACACACAGGAGAGAAAUCUUUCCACUGCUCAGACUGUGGGAAGAGUUACUCAAGAUCAGAUUCACUAAAAGCACACCAGAGAAUUCACACUGGAGAAAAACCUUAUAGCUGUGAUCAAUGUGGGAAGAGUUUUACUACAUCUAGCCAGCUGACUAUACACCAGAGCAAGCACACAGGAGAGAAACCUUACAACUGCUCUGACUGUGGAAAGAGUUUUGUUAUAUCAGGAUAUUUAAAAUCACACCAGAGAAUACACACAGGAGAGAAACCUUAUACCUGUGAUCAAUGUGACAAGAGUUUUAGUCACUCAAGCAGCCUGAUAGUACACCAGAGAACACACACAGGAGAGAAGCCUUAUAGCUGUGAUCAAUGUGGGAAGAGUUUUACUGAAUCUAGUCAGCUGACUAAGCACCAGAGAAAACACACAGGAGAGAAAUCUUACCACUGUUGUGACUGUGGCAAGAGUUUUGUUUUAGGUGUGAAGAAGUCAGCCCAGAAGCGGAGAAGGGCCGGUGAGCCAGCGGCAACUACCACCGAGGCAGAGGACCGCUGGCACACUGUGCUAGAGGAUGACGUGGAGCCACUUCUACCAACAUUUAGACCGAGAAGGCAGCCAGGACCUCAGCUGGACAUGACUGCAAAUUACAGCCCCCUUCAUCUUUUCCAGAUGUUUUUCUCCUUGUCAGUUCUUGAUUCGCUGGUGUCUAACACCAACAAGUAUGGGGCUAAGAAACAAGUAGGCAAGAAAGAGGCAUGGAAGCCCAUUUCCAUCCAAGACCUGUACUGUUACAUCUCACUGGUUAUUUACAUGGGGCUCGUGAAGUUGAAUAACCUGAAGGACUACUGGAGAAGCUCAACACUCUACCAACUGCCUUUCCCCACCACUGUCAUGUCAUCUAACAGGUUUCUGACUAUCUCACGGGCACUUCAUAUCAGUGACCCACAAGUUGACGACGACAAUGACAAGAAGAGAGGCACAUCAAGCUUUGAUAGGCUCUGCAAAAUCAAACCUCUCUACCCCAGCAUGGUUGAGGCCUGCAAGACCCAUUUUCAGCCCAACCAGAACGUGUCCAUAGAUGAGAGGAUGGAAGCCUCAAAGGAUACAAAUGGCCUCAAACAAUAUACGCGUAACAAAGUGGGUUUUCCCAAAACAAAAGUAAACGACAUGCCAAAGAGGGCUGAUAGGGGUACCAUGCGAUGGAUUCGUAAAGAUGACCUGCUCUUUGUAAAGUGGAUGGAUACCAGACAGGUGGUCAUGUGCUCCAGUAUCCACAAAUCGUACAGUGGCGAUCACGUUGUCAAGCGUGUGAAGGACGCUAAUGGGGCAUGGACCACUAAAGAUGUCCCCAUUCCUGCUGCUGUAAAGGAUUACAACAAGAUCAUGGGAGGUGUGGAUCUGUCAGACGCUCUGAUAGGCUACAACAAUGUUCUCCACAAGACAAUGAAAUGGUACAGGACAUUGUUCUAUCACUUCAUUGACAUUGCUGUGGUGAAUGCAUUCGUCCUUCAUAAGGAAAUGGCUAAGAGCUGUGGACAGACUCCCAUGACACAGCUAGCCUUCAGAGAGCUGCUCAUCCAGGAGCUUGCUGGCUACGGCACAAAGUCCACUGCAGCACCUUCUGUCCGCUCUACAUCUGUCCCCUCUACUCCUGUCGCCAGUGGUGUUCACCUGCAAAAAUACAUCACUGCAGACCUGAAUGUGCCUCUGGGAAGCACUGUGGUAGGUAGCAGAACGAGUAGAGACCAGGCAGUGCCCAUGGUAGCCACGGAAGCCCUGGGGUGGUACAGAAGAAAGGGGGCCUCGACCCCAGGCGAAGGGUCCCCCACAACACCCAUGGCCCCGGCGGCCAUGGACCUGACAGCGGAGGAGGAUGCAGUUUUUGGAGUGAAAGAGGAGGUGACUGUCACAUCGAAAAAGGAAGAGGAGGAAACUGGAUAUCUGGGCCUGGUUUCCCAAAGGCAACUUACGCUGUACAAUGGUUCUAAUGAUGAACUUUGUCGUGAAAUGGUUUUGAAAAGCCGUGCCCUGAUUAACACUCGAGAGAGCGGUGACUAUUGUGGAUCCUCUGGGGAGCCUCAACAUCAUGAAGCUGACGAGGCAGACAAGAACCUCUCCACAUCAGAACAGCUCAAGAAACACCAACGGAAACCCACAGGGAAGAAUUCUCACCCCUGCUCUGACUGUGGGAAGAGUUACUCAAGAUUAGAUUCACUAAAAAUACACCAGAGAAUUCACACAGGCGAUACAGCUCACUGCUCUGACUGUGGGAAGAGAUUCACCACUAUAGCAAACCUUAAAAUACAUCAGAGAAUCCAUACAGGAGAGAAACCUUAUAGCUGUGAUCAAUGUGGGAAGAGUUUUACUCACUCAAGCUGCCUGAAGGUACAUCAGAGAACACACACUGGAGAGAAACCUUAUAGCUGUGAUCAAUGUGAGAAGAGAUUUGUUACAUCUAGCCGCCUGACUAUACACCAGAGAACACACACAGGGGAGAAACCUUAUAGCUGUGAUCAAUGUGGGAAGAGAUUUGUUUCAUCUAGCCGCCUGACUAUACACCAGAGAACACACACAGGGGAGAAACCUUUUAGUUGCUCUGACUGUGGGAAGACCUUUUCAAAAUUAUAUACAUUACAAUUACACCAGAGAAUUCACACUGGAGAGAAACUUUAUAGCUGUAAUCAAUGUAGGAAGAGUUUUAAUCGCUCAAGCUUGCUGAAGGUACAUCAGAGAUCACACACAGGAGAGAAAUCUUUUAUAGCUGUGAUCAAUGUGGAAGGAAAUGUGUUACAUAUAGCAGUCUGACUAGACACCAGAGAAACAAAUCUUAUAGCUGUGAUCAAUGUGGGAAGAGAUACUCUGGUAAAUGUUCUCUGAUUAAACAUCAGAAAAUACAUACAUCAAGG